AAAAGCCGCGGCUUUAUUCGACUUUAAUCGUUUUAUUGGUCAAUUUUGCCGAUCGGCAAAAUUGACUUUAUUCGACUUAAGCCAAUAAAGCCGCGGCUUUAUUCGUCCGUUCCAUCCGGUUGGAAGGGUUUACAACGGGCUGUUAUCCGGACGACCACACCUUACGAUUGACGCAGCAGAGCCCGCCAGCAAGGAGCCGCUGCGACGAAAGACUCGCCGCCAAGGACGUCGUGGCUUACACGUUGCUCGUCAAUCUCAACGAUACAUGGACCCCAAAAGCUCGGAUGUUUCAGUAUGCCCGAGCAGACCGCGUAGGCCAAGAUGACCUAGCGCAACAGCGACAGCAUUGUCGAGUAUAACCGAUGCCUCUCGCCGUGACCACGUGCAUUUUCGCAACUUACACUCCAAGCAAAUGAAGGUCGUGUGCGUGCUGUCCGAGGGCGGCGACGCCGGCAAGCGCAAUUCCAACAUCCUGGGCUGCGUCGAGAACGAGCUGGGCUUGCGCAUGUUCCUCGAGGACCGCAGCCACGAGUCCGUCGUGACGUCCGACAAGGACGGGAACGACUCGGAGUUCGCGCGCCAUCUGCACGACGACGACGUGGUCAUCUCGCAGCCCUUCUGGCCGGCCUACAUCACUCGCGAGCGCGUUGCCAAGGCGUCCAAGCUCAAGCUGGCCAUCACGGCCGGCAUCGGCUCCGACCAGGUGGACCUGGUGGUGGCGUGCGACCGCAACAUCACCAUGACCGUGGUCACGGGCUCCAACAUCAACGCACUAAUGAACAAGUGGAUAGAAACGGAUAAACUGAAGCCGGAAAAUGUUUUCAGUAAAUUGAGACUUGACCGCGGUGUGGAUGCCUUAUUAGACAGGAAUGAACAAACUCUGGCAGCGUUUAUCUCGAUGUACAACGCAAGGAAUCCAGACAGCAGGGCAUCAUCGAUUGGGAUGUUUGUGGCGCAGUAUGGAGAUAAUGCUGUGGCCGAGACCCUCGUCUUAGCAAGGUCUGAAAGUGCUUUGGAGCCCCUGGCAAGAAAUCUGCAGCAGCAGCAGUUCCACGAAUGGCAGAAGAGCAAGAAAUCUGCUGACGAUGUUUUCAAGCUCAUGAAUAUUGAAGAGAAGGAUUUCUCCCAUAUUAUUAGCCCGAAGUUGGAGAUAGUGAAGGGGUACAUCAUGUUGCUCAAGGCUACGAAUCCCGAAGACACGACUGACUUACUCUCUGUGGUUAGUAAUGGUUUCAAAGGCGACGGUGCUCUUGCGCAAGCAAUCGUUAAGAAACUGGCGAUGUUACACUCACGUAAUCCUGUCGCCGCUGUCGCCUCCACUGCUGCUGAGUUCGAAAUGUUGUUGUUUAGGCGGUGGUUCAAGAGCAAGAUCGAUCCGGUUAGCUUUUACAGGCAAGUCUUUGGUGUAGAGGAGGCUAAUGCCGGUCGUUGGCAGAAGGCGGUUGUACGCCGUACCUGGAUAAUUACCGCCUCUAAGAUAACGACGACCGACUUGUCAGACGACAUUCGUUUGUUCGCUACUAGUCAAAUUGGCAGGCCCUCUUAUCGACUAUUGAGAACCUACGACGAAGAAAGAGGCCACCUUGGUGGUCUGAUCCAUACCGGGACGUCGAAAGUCGAUGACCUUCUCGCGUCCGCAAAGCUGAAGGAAUAUGAGGCGCUGGUGAACAAGUUACAGCUCGGUGAUGACAUCGUCACCUCUCUAAGAAGCUCGCAACUGGAGAACUUGAAGCAGUUUGUUGCCAGUUUCAAUCAUGGCAAAGAGCUUAAGCACCAAAUCUCGUUGAUUGCACCACUUUCAGCUAAGUACGGAGAUGACAUAGUGGCAAAGACACUCGUGGACUUGGAGCGAAAGGCCGAUACAGUCCCAGAGUUGGCGAACUUGGUGAAGCAAUUGCGGAGCGAACAGCUGAUGGAGUGGCUGAAGAAAGACAAAAAUGUCGACGAAGUUUUCAACCUACUAAAGCUGAAGGAAGACGGCUACCGAGUCCUUCGCAGUCGAAAGAUCGAGGUGUUGGAAGACUACAUUACGCUAUUCAACCGCGAGAAAUCAGUAGAUGAAACUCUGCUGAAGGUCUUGACAACAGGCGUCGCUGGGGAUGUUUUCCAAGUAUAUCGCUAA